UUGCGUUCAGGUGUGCAACCAGGAAGAGAAGGGAGCAGGAAAACGUUUGUUUGCAGAUUAGGCUGAUAUAGAAGCCUGGUGUUUUUUCUUCUUAUUGAUUGGUAGAGUAUAUGAUUUUGACAAAAUCGUAAUUUAAUUAUAGUUGAAAAUCUCCCCACAGCUUUUUUUGCUGUUUGGGGAGGCCUUUGUUUGACGAAUGGACCACAUGGCAGCAGACACAGGACCGGAGCAGACAAUGCCUAGCAGUGGAGUUGGAGCACUGGAGGAAGAGGGAAGGAAUGGGAUUGGGAAUCGGACAGAAACGGGAGAAGGACGGCAGAAAGAGUACGGGAAAGAGCUGACCGUGGACGUUGAGGUGGAGGGAACAGCAGUGAUUUCCAUGAUGGAUAUUCUGCGGGAAGUGAAAGUGCAAUGUGGAGUGGUGAGCGGGUGCCGUGUGAGAGGGAAAAAAAACUUUGAAAUUACCAUGAAGGAUGAGGUGGGAAAGCGCAAACUGCUGGAUGGCGUGCGUGUAAAAGGAGCCUUAGUGCAUGGCAGAGAGAUUGUGAACAACGACAUGGUGGUUUCUUUUAUCGACUUACCUGUUUAUAUGGAAGAUGCAACAAUACUGCGAAGGCUGGAGGAGUGGGGUGUACGGCCAAUAUCUGCUAUCAAACGGCGCAAGUGGCCGGGGACGGAGAUUGUGGACGGGACAAGAUUUUUAAAAGUCCGCUUCAAUGAGCAGGUGACGGAUAGUAGAGAUGCAGAAGGAGAUCUAGGAGGAGAGGCUGGAGGAGGGAGAGCAGGAGAGGCUGGAGGAGGUAGAGGAGAAGAGGCUGGAGGCUCACAGGUGCGGGUGUGCCGACUCUGCAUCAAGCCAGGACACAUCUUCAGGGAGUGCCCUGAUUUCAAGUGCUUCAGGUGCCAGAAGACCGGGCAUUAUGCGCGGGAGUGUGAGGAACGAAACGCAGCGGCGAGAGAGGAGGAGGAGAGAGGAGAACAGAUGGAGGAGAAAGACGGAGAGAGCGAUGACGGAAGGGGAGCUGAAGAGGAGGCGGAAGGUGGGAACGAGGAAGCUGAAAGAGAACUGGAAUGGCGGUAUCUGACAGCGGCGACAGUGCUGAGAAGGACGGUGAUGCCAUGCCAGACUCGCGGUCGUCUGCAGGAGGAACUACGCACACUUUGAGGGGCGGAAAGUGAAAAUAAAAAUGUUGUUUAAAUCAAUCAUGAAAAGAGAUGUGAACUUGAUGUAUAAGUAUGGAGGGGAGAAGGCGGAACAUUUCUUUGUGAGUGGGAGUAAAUUAAUCUUUGAAGGGGAGGGAGGGGAGAUAUUGUUUAACUGGUGAAAAGACUGGGGCAUGCAGAUUGAGCUGUAUUUUCUGAUUUAACGUAACAUUUGUCCUGUCUGCAUUAGAAUUGAGUGAGUUUUUGUGUAGGAUGGACAAGAGAAGGGGAUUAAGUUGGGUUUGUAAAAGGUUUUUUUUUCUCAGAGAUGAUUCAUGUAAAUAAUACUCUGUGUUAUAGCUUGCUGUAAACGUGUGAACUGGAAAAUAAUAAAAAAAGAUUAAA